CCGCAAGAUCUGUUUCUCAAAGGCUGCGUGGGUCGGUGAUGAUCCCCAAAUAUGUGGACUGACCAUGAGCAGUAGUAUUGGGAUCAGGGUAAGGUGUCUGGCGAGCACGAGGAUAUGGCAGGAAGCGCAGUACGAAGAGUCGGAUUUUAAAGAGCGGGAAGUUGAAGACGAGGUCCAGACUACAAACACAAAUAAGGAUUCUGUAGGAGAAGCCACACCGGAAGCGUUGCAAAACGGGCCGGAUCAAGUUAAGAAGGAGCAUCCAGAUCUCGAGGAGGGCGAAGUGAGCGACUCGGGAUCAAGCUCUAGCUUCAGUUCCGAUUUCGACUCCGGAUCAGACACCAGGAGCGACGCUACCGAUCAGAGUGCAGUCCAUCGAGGCGGCCGGCGCAACGUGAGCUGCAUACAAAGCGCGCAACUAUCGCCAGAUGGCACAUGCAUCUUCACUACGGAUUAUAACCGCGCGUUCUCCGUCUACCCUAUCGAUAACGACAUCGUCAAUGAACCUGGCACUCGCAGUUUGAAGCCAUACGCGCAGUUCGUCUCUGCUGAUCCGAUCUGGGCCUUCGCCAUAAACCCAAACUUCGGUGUCAAUGAUGGAAACACAACCCACGUUCUAGUCAGUCGCCGCAACCAAUACAUCAGCCUGCACAAUGCCCUCUGGGAUCUAUCCCGUCCUAUAGAUGCCCAGGCCGAUAUCCCGCGGACAGGCCCAGUCAACAUCUCCACCAAGGUCUCCAGGUACAAACUCAUCGACCAUCUCACGGAAGACGUAAGAGCGCCCACCAGCCUAGCGUACUCCCACGACGGUAAAUACUUCUAUGCUGGCGAGCAGAACACGAUCGCCGUCUUCGACCUCGAAUACACCGAUGACCCAAUCUCCAAGAUCCUCACCAUCCCCGCAAAACGCAAUAAACUCAAAGGCGGAGGCCGAGGCUUCAAGGGCUACAUAUCCGCUCUUGCGCUAUCUCCAGCAUCUCCUACCAAUAAUGCCGGCAUCUUAGCUGCGGGUGCUCGAACACGCCACGUCGGUCUCUACGAUGCUAUAAGCGGCAGGGAAACCACACACAUCACCCUUCCAGGCACCUUCCAGGGCAAGAAGCUUCGCAAUGACGCUCUAAGCAGUACCAUAGGCGACGGUGUAUCCCAGCUGAAAUGGAGUCCGGAUGGUAAUUACCUGUACGUCGCUGAACGCAUGUCGGACGCCAUUCUGAUCUACGACGUCCGAAACGUCUCGCUCACCUUGGGAUAUUGCGCCGGCCGAAAGGCGCUCACAAAGCAAAGGCUCGGGUUUGAUGUCUGGACCGCUGGAGACGCGACGUACGGAUACGACGAUGUGAGUCCCGAAAUUUGGGCUGGUGGAACGGAUGGAAAGAUCAGGGUUUGGAGGGAUCCGUGCUUGAAGGAAGGUGCGAUUGAGGCGGAUGAGGUCGUAGAUGUCAGCGAUGCACCUGUUGUGGCGUCGCUUGUGCAUCCAUACGGCAAUCUAGCGGUCGCCGCUAGUGGAAAGUAUGAGAUUUGCGGUGAUGAUGAAGCAGCCGAAGGGAAGGGACAGUUGAGAGGAGGUGGCAUAUACCCGAAGUUCAGGGAGUGGGGAUGCUUAGACAUCCUGGGUUUGGGAGGCUACGAGCCCACAACAGCGGAAGCCGAGACUCAUGGCAUGUAGGAAAGGAGAAACUGCUCGAUUCAUAGGCAAAAAUGUAUAGAUACCA